CAGGCGGCGGCCGCGGCCGGGCAUGGAGGGCGCCUCAUUUGGAGCCGGCCGCGCGGGGGCCGCCCUGGACCCCGUGAGCUUCGCGCGGCGCCCCCAGACCCUGUUACGGGUUGCGUCCUGGGUGUUCUCCAUCGCUGUAUUCGGGCCCAUCGUCAACGAGGGCUAUGUGAAUGCCGACAGCGGCCCAGAGCUACGCUGUGUCUUCAACGGGAACGCGGGCGCCUGUCGGUUCGGUGUAGCGCUGGGCCUCGGGGCCUUCCUGGCCUGCGCCGCCUUCCUGCUGCUCGACGCGCGCUUCCAGCAGAUCAGCAGCGUCCGCGACCGCCGCCGUGCCGUGCUGCUGGACCUGGGCUUCUCAGGGCUGUGGUCUUUCCUGUGGUUUGUGGGCUUCUGCUUCCUCACCAAUCAGUGGCAGCGCACGGCUCCCGGGCCCGGCACCGUGCAGGCGGGGGACGCGGCGCGGGCUGCCAUCACCUUCAGCUUCUUCUCCAUCCUCAGCUGGGUGGCGCUCACCGUGAAGGCCCUGCAGCGGUUCCGCCUGGGCACCGACAUGUCGCUCUUCGCCACCGAUCAGCUGGGCGCUGGGGCGGCCCAGGCUUACCCUGGCUACCCUGUGGGCAGCGGUGUGGAGGGCACCGAGACCUACCAGAGCCCACCCUUCACCGAGACCCUGGAUACCAGCCCCAAAGGGUACCAGGUGCCUGCCUACUAGUGGUUGGCAGGCUGGGGCCAGGGCUGCAAGGCCACCCCACCAUCGUAGGCCUCAAGGCCUCCUGGGACCUCUGUCCAGUCCUCUCGGCAAGCGUCAGGGACAGAGAAAGUGGCCACCGUGGGCCUCUGGGGCCAAGACCGGGUAGCCUCCCUGGGGUGCCUCGGCUGUUCACUUCAGGUUCAAUCAGCCCCAGGUCCCAGGCCUGAGGCCCGGAGAGGGAGACAGCAUGGCCUGGAGUGGACUGGCCCAGGAGAGGUCAGCCAUCCUGGGACUCACUUGUCCACUCCCCAUGCAGAAGUCCAGCUGCGCAAGAGCUGGGCGCAGGGACUGCCGAGGAAUAGGACAGGGACGCUAACCUCACCCAGCCAUUGUUCCCCAUCACGUGUCUCUGUGGACAGUGGCUGUCCUGUCAUGUGGUCCGUCCAUUUCUUCUCAAAGGUUCACUAGAGCAGCUGGGCCCUGUGAGUGCUGUGGUUGUGGUCAAAUCUUCAGGUUUCAUCUCAUAGUCCCUGCAAGCUGCCUCUCUCGCUCUGGCCAGUGCCCAGGUGUGGGAGGUUCUGACCAGGAAGGCACAAGACAGGCCUGAGCACCAGCCCUUCAGUAAGACCUUGGCCAGGGGAGGAGUGAGUACCCCCAUGCUAGGCCAGAUAGGCCUCUCCUUGCGAGAGGCCUAGAAUGUUCCAUCUGUCCAUGGUGCCCCUGGAGACCUCCAUUCCUGAAAACUGCUUUAUCUUGGCUUUGUGGACUAGUCCUUUCCUUUCUCCCCUGUACUGUUUUAAGGCCCAGCCCCUGGUGGGGGUCCCUAUAAGUAGCUGACUACUCAUGCAUUGCUUGAAGCUGGCUUUUCACAUUAAGUCAAAACCCAACACAUUGCCAUAUUUCAUUCUUACAGACAAGAUGCCUCCCUCUGGAGUUGCAGUUGAGUGACAGCCCUGUACAUUGUAGCAUAGAUCAAUAUGUGGAUAUUUAAGUGAACAUGUUUACAAUUUUUGUAUGUGUGGAUCUCCUCUCCCCCUUAUGAAAAAACAAAUUCGUGAUUGUUUCUCCAAUGUCCUGUUAUGACUGCAGCUUCUUUACAAUAAAGACUGUGUGU